ACGCAUUUAAAAGCCGUGGUAGGAGAACGUUGCGUGUGUGCAAAAAAGGGAGUCACGGUCAGUUGUGAGGCGUGUAUUAUUCCCCGUAAAUUGUACUUGUAAGUUGACCAUGGCGAUGGCACUACAGAGAAAAACGAACGUGCGGCUGCCACCUGAGGUGAACCGGGUCCUCUACGUGCGUAACCUGCCGUACAAGAUUACCGCCGAGGAGAUGUACGACAUCUUUGGCAAGUUCGGAGCCAUCCGUCAAAUUAGAGUCGGCAACACGCCCGAGACGCGCGGCACCGCCUUCGUCGUGUACGAGGACAUCUUCGACGCCAAGAACGCGUGCGACCACCUGUCCGGCUUCAACGUCUGCAACCGCUACCUGGUGGUGCUCUACUACCAGCCCAACAAGGCCUUCAAAAAGAUGGACGCGGACAAGAAGCGGGACGAGCUGGACAAAAUGAAGGCCAAAUACAACUUGAAUGAAACAAAAUGAUGUGCAAGCGUUGCGUGUAAACUUUUUGUGCCGAUCAUAUGCUGAAAUGUGCUCUUGUGCCUGUUUGUUUCCGAGGGGAGGGGACUGGGGGGGAUCGGGGAGGGUGUAAUCCAUGAUCUUGUCCGAUAAAUGUCACGCUCCUCGCAUGCUCGCGUUCAUCUUUUCGUCAUAGUCGUACAUGGAGAACCGACCGUAAAUACACAUCUAUGCGAGGA